CGCGGCCCCUGCGCUGCCCUUUUGGAAAGGGCUAUGCUCUGCCUGCAGUCCCUGCUGGGGCCUCUCUCCGGAGCCUCCCGCGUCUCCGCUGGCUGCACUGGGGCUGACAGGGUUGGUGUAGCCUAGCGCGGGUUGUCGCUCCGGAGGGGCUGUGGCCGAAGCGAAGCCAGUUCUUGUGCAGUGGGUCACUCUAGGGGUGGCUGAGGUGCAGGGGUUUUCUUCGUUACCCCUAUAGCCGUUGUUAUGUGCCGCUGGCUGUACCCGCCCUGGGGAACCUUCCCAGUGCGAGAGCUCGCUGUUUUCGUCCAAAGAGGUCGGGGUGGGGCUGAGUGGGAUCCUGUGCAGCACAGGCUUGUUUUUAUCUGUCCCGCUCAAAAAUCUAACAAGCAAGAUGUCUACUAAUGAGAAUGCCAAUACACCAUCAGCUCGAUUGAACAGAUUCAAGAACAAAGGAAAGGACAGCACAGAAAUGAGAAGGCGGCGCAUUGAAGUCAAUGUGGAGCUGAGAAAAGCUAAGAAAGAUGAUCAGAUGCUUAAAAGAAGAAAUGUGAGCACUUUACCAGAUGAUGCUACUUCUCCCCUUCAGGAAAAUAGAGGCAACCAGGAAACUCCUCUCAAGAGAGAAGCAACCCCCAAUAGACAACAUAAUUCGGGCUGGUUUGAUCCCGAAGUUUGUCUCGUUCCUGGGCAGAGCAGACUGCAGUCCCAUCCAGUUUGAAUCUGCCUGGGCACUCACCAACAUCGCCUCUGGCACAUCAGAGCAAACCAGGGCAGUGGUGGAAGGAGGAGCAAUUCCAGCCUUCAUUUCCCUGCUGGCCUCUCCACACACUCACAUCAGUGAGCAGGCUGUGUGGGCCUUGGGGAAUAUUGCAGGGGAUGGUUCUGCCUACAGAGACCUGGUUAUUAAAUAUGGUGCAAUCGAGCCACUGCUGAGUCUCCUGGCUGUUCCUGACCUCUCUUCCCUGGCUUCUGGAUAUUUACGCAAUGUUACAUGGACCCUCUCAAACCUGUGUCGCAAUAAGAAUCCUGCACCUCCCAUAGAUGCCAUCCAGCAGAUCCUUCCAACCCUUGUCCGGCUCCUGCACCACGAUGACCCUGAAGUGUUGGCAGACACAUGCUGGGCAAUUUCCUACCUCACAGACGGUUCCAAUGACAGGAUAGAAGUUGUUGUGAAAACUGGAUUGGUGCCACAGCUUGUGAGACUCCUAGGAUACAGUGAACUGCCAAUAAUGACUCCUUCACUAAGAGCCAUAGGAAAUAUUGUCACUGGUACUGAUGAGCAAACACAGAUUGUUAUUGACUCGGGAGCACUGGCUGUCUUUCCAAGUCUCCUUUCUCAUCAUAAAAACAACAUUCAGAAAGAAGCAGCCUGGACAAUGUCCAACAUCACUGCUGGGCGUCAGGAUCAGAUCCAGCGAGUUGUAGACCACGGUCUUGUGCCUUAUCUCAUUGGUAUUCUGAGGAAGGGGGAUUUCAAAUCUCAGAAGGAAGCUGUGUGGGCUGUGACAAACUAUACGAGUGGUGGAACAAUUGACCAGAUUGUGUACCUUGUUCAGGCUGGUGUUCUUGAACCCCUACUGAAUCUUCUCUCAACUAAAGACAGCAAAACUGUACUUGUUAUUCUGGAUGCAGUUUCCAACAUUUUCUUGGCUGCUGAGAAGAUUAAUGAGACUGAAAAGCUUUGCCUCAUGAUUGAAGAGUGUGGGGGUCUAGACAGAAUUGAAGCUCUCCAGUCACAUGAAAAUGAACAAGUGUACAGAGCCUCAUCCACCAUUAUUGAGAAAUAUUUCUCAGCAGAAGAGGAGGAAGACCAAAAUGUUGUACCAGACUCAACUGCUGACAGCUACACUUUCCAAAUCCAGGACAGUACCCCAAAUUCUUUUAACUUCUAGAUCUUGCACAUACUGCAACCACCUACAAGUGGUUUAGCAGGCACAAAUGACUGCCACCUCUUUGUCUUAAUGGAGUUCCUCUUGCCUUUACUGGUUUUUGUGUCCUGUAGCACUUUGUCCAACUGAAACAUACUUGAACAGUUCAAAUUCAUAUGUCUGUGAAUUUCUAAAUGUAAACCUCAUUCUUUGAGAUACACUUGUAAAUACUUCCUGUUUCUGUCCUUGUCUGGGGGAAGAAUGCACGUGAGUAACUUGGGCCUCUCACAAAGCAUUGAGCCACUGCUCUGCAGGCUCCCCCAUAACCUCUUACCUUCUACGUGGCCUGUUGCAGUAAUAAAUAAAUACUGAACAGGCUUUUAAGGGAAGACUUACUUGAAGCUCAAUAAAGUG